GUUCAAAACUACUAUGGAUCGGUUGCCAUCUGAUAAUCACAGAAUCGUUAUAAGAGCCGAUAAAACUCCAACUGGAGAGCAUUCAAGAAGAUUCCAUGCACCAACCAUUGAUGGGGUGGCCAUUGUGAUUGUUGGCGAUCAGUUUCAAUCUCGAGAUAUUAUUCUUCACCGUAGAAAUGAACAAUUACAACGUGUUUCGGAGCUUCAUCGUUGUUACGAUGCAUUACAAUAUCCUAUAUUGCACUGGAAUGGCCAUGAUGGAUACCAUAUAAAUAUCCCAAUGAUUAAUCCAAGCACAGGUCUUGAUGCUCAAAAGAAGGUCAGCGCCAUGAAUUAUUAUUCAUACAGAUUAAUGAUUCGCGAAGGAAGUUCAAAUUACAUUUUGAGAUGUGGAAACUGUUUCAUCAAUACAUUGUGGACAUGUAUGCGAAAAUUGAGACUGAACGUCUCAAUUACAUCCGGUUCAAUCAAAGUAAAUUGCGAUCAGAAGAAUACAUACAUUUGCGUGAUGCAAUAACAAAUGAUGGGAAUUUGAAUGAUAUUGGACGUCUGACGAUAUUACCAGAAUCUUAUAUUGGAAGUCCUCGCCAUAUCCACGAAUAUGCUCAAGAUGCGAUGUCAUACGUGAGAAAACGGCCGACCAGAUUUAUUAAUUACAUUCACAUGUAAUCCGAAGUGGAGCGAUAUUCAAAAUAAUUUGUUUGACGGUCAAUCAACAACAGAUCGUCACGAUAUAAAAAUUAAAAGCGCUGAUGGAUGUAAUUGUGAAAUUGCGCGUAUUUGGAGAAGUGCGGUGUUAUAUGUAUUCAAUCGAAUGGCAAAGAGAGGAUUGCCGCACGCACAUACAUAUAUUGAUAUGCUUGGUUCGUAAAAUCACACCAGAUGAAAUUGAUAAUAUCGUAUCAGCCGAGAUGCCAGAUCAAACAAUUGAUCAGGAAUUAUUUGAAGUCGUCACAAAACAUAUGAUUCAUGGCCCAUGUGGCGUACUAAAUAUGAAUUCACCAUGCAUGAUUGAUGGCAAAUGCUCAAAGCGUUAUCCCAGAGCAUUGACUUCCGACAGAAUAACAGGCAAUGAUGGAUACCCCUUGUAUCGAUGCCGGUCUACUGAAGAUAACGGUCAAUCAGUAAUGAUGAACAUUCGUCAUCAAGAAAUCAUCGUCUAUAAUCGCUGGGUUGUGCCAUAUUCACAACUUCUGUCAAAAAUAUUUCAGUCUCACAUUAACGUUGAGUAUUGUAAUUCCGUCAAGUCAAUCAAAUAUAUUUGCAAGUAUGUGAAUAAAGGAAGUGAUAUGGCUGUCUUUGAAGUACCUGAUGCUGACAAUAGGAACGAUGAAAUUACUCGAUAUCAAAUGGGCCGAUACAUUAGCAGCAAAGAAGCAAUUUGGCGAAUAUUUUCGAAUCCAUUGCACGAAAGACAUCCUGUUGUUGUUCAUCUAGCGGUGCAUCUUGAAAAUGGUCAACGUGUUUAUUUUACUACUGAAAACAUACAGCAGAGAGCAGCACAACCACCAGCGACUACUUUAACUGCUUUUUUUCGACUUUGUGAAACCGAUACAUUUGCCAGAAGUUUGCUAUAUACUGAUGU